AUUUAUAUUUAUCUUUGUAAAUUUCUUUAUCUCAAUUAUUAAUUACUCUAUAAUUAUAUUCAUGAUAUAUUUAUACAAUUCCAAGUCUUAACUAGAUUAAGUUUCACGUAAAUAGUUUGCAGAGCAGCGUGACUGUUUAAAAACAUGGAUAGGAAUAAUAUGAGAGCUCCGUACGUGAGUAGCGGCCCGCGCAGCCUUCCGCACCUCGGCAAGCGGCACUCCAACGGGCACUCGCACGCGCACUCCGCCAGACUCAGCCCGCCGGCGCCACCACACAAUAACAACACACAACAGGACGACAUCAUCAACUAUAUCUACGACUCGUGGAACAAGGUGACCCGAGAGCUGGAGCGCGGCGGCGAGGAGGCGCGCUACUACAGCGAGACGCCGCCGCCGCGCCAGCUCGCGCACUUCCGCCCCUUCAACCUCGACGAGUGGUGGGGCCGCCGCCUGCUGCAGGCCAUCAACCGCUCCAAACAUCGCUCCUAGUUCCCAUCGGGGCACAGUGCCCGUGCUGAGCGGGACAACCGACAUUUUAUGUAAGGAGUUUUCAUUUGAACCGCUAAAAUUGAAAGACGGUGCACGUUUUUCGGUCUUAAAUAUCUUUUUAACCGUACACUAUUCAACGACGUCCCUUCUAUCUCGACGAGUGGUGGGGCCGCCGUCAAACACCGCUCCUAGUUCCGACCCGAACAUAAUGGCUGUUCUGAGAGACAACCGAGAUUUUAUAACAUCGCUUCAGCGUAAGACGUCUUUAGUUAUACCGCUAAUAUUAGAAAACGAUGCACUUGUACCAAAUUAAAAUGUAACUGGUCAAAUGCCUAUACUGAAAUGAUUGCCUGGUCGGCAGCUUUUAGGUGCCCCCUAAAAGAAAAAAGUCACUUAAACUUGCUAGUCGAUGAAAAACUACUAUAUGCCAGGUAAAAUUAGACCUCGCAACAAUGUUCGAACUAAAGUGUCUGAUGAAUUUUUACCUCGGAGAAGUAGAAAGAGAUGAAUAUUUAUUGCGUGUGAUAUUUCAUCUGAGUACCGGAAUGUGCAUUUAGUCUUAAGUUUUAUGUGGCAACAGACGACUUCUAAUAGGGUGUAUUUAAAAUAAAUUAUUUUACACGAUGCAUGAAAUAAAGCACCAAAAGAUUAGAGAAACUUAGACAACAGUUAUUUUUAGACCAUAGAAGGUAGAAUCCUAUAGAAGUAGCCUACCGCGUGCGCCCGUGAGGGACAACAUACGCAAUGCGACAAUAUGAUUGGUGACAUUAGGGUAUUUGACUACUAGUCAAAUCAGUUUCUUUUUUCGAACUGUCAAAACGAUUUGCUACUAUGGAAUUCAUAUGAUACACUACCAUGUGACGUCACGAUCAAAUUAGUUACUCUUUAUAGUUUUAUACGGGUUUUAAAAUAGAAAUUGUGUCAACAAAUAACUGCUGUCUGUCUACGUUUCUCUAUUAAUCUUCUGGUGCUUUAUUUCAUGCAUGGUGUAAAAUAAUUUAUUUUAUAUACAGUCAAAUACCCUAUUGUUUGAUAUACGCCUAUCUUUUAGUUUUCGUUGCUUGUGUUAACGUUUGCCUAAGUUUUAAUUGCAUUUAAAUUAAAUAUUUAUAAUACCUUCUAUUACAUCCAAAAUAUAUAAAGUUCCAGGUCAAAAUAUACAGGGUGCCCAAAAAAUAAGUGCAUUCCCGUUGCCAGGCAGGUUUUGGGAUUAUACUGAGCAACUUUUACUAUGGGACCAACCACGAAAUCGCGAAAAAAAUAUUACCCUCCAAUAGAAUUUUGGCUGGUCCAUUUUCUAUGCGAGGGUAAAAUUUUUUUCGCGAUUUCGUGGUUGGUCCCAUAGUAAAAGUUGCUCAGUAUAAUCCCAAAACCUCCCUGGCAACGGGAAUUCACUUAUUUUUUAGCCACCGUGUAUAAUAAAACUUAUACAAUAAAAGCAAUAAUAUUAGUUCACCACAAGUAGGGAAUCUGUAUUUUUAAGACAAUGUAAAUAUUUUAGCAUGAAUUUCAAUUUUAUUUUUAUUUAAGUGAAUAGUGUGACCGAUAGAACCAGCUAGUGUUAUUUUUAAUUUUGACUCUGCUUGUAGUGAAUACUAGGAUUUCAUGUGAAUAACUCUACUAUCAAAUUAUAGCCCUAUUUGACUUGACAUAGUGACAGGUGACAUUGCUAAUUUGCUAAAGAAAGGAGGCUUAGCUCGGAGGAAUUUGACCUGCCUGUUCCUAUCUCUAUCGCACGCGUAUAGUUAAUGUAGCUGUCCCGGUCGCAUUGUUAUUGACCGCCGUCAUCAUGGGCGGGACAGGAAUAUAAUGGCAAAGUUUGCAUAGACGGCGCCAUCAUAGCUUGCCCCUUUUUAUAUGAGACUAGCGACCCGCCCCGGCUUCGCACGGGUAGUUCAACUAAUUUACACAAAACCUUUACAAAUUAUACAUACAAACCUUCCUCUUGAAUCCCUCUAUCUAUUAAAAAAAACCGCAUCAAAAUCCGUAGUUUUAAAGAUCUAAGCAUACAUAGGGACAGACGGACAGACAGCGGAAAGCGACUUUGUUUUAUACAAUGUAGUGAUUUGGCGUAAAGGGCUGGCAUGCAGGGCAUAAAAUUCCAUUAAAAAAAAAACAAAAAAUUGACACAAUUCUAGUGAUUGACAGGGCAAGCUAUGCUGGCGCCAUCUGCUAAAUACCCCAUUAGGCGGGUCAAUGUACUUUCUUUACGGUAUACUGUAUGACAAACAGAAUAACUUGCAUCUUAAAUUGCACAAAAGUAGCGAUAUAUCUACAGGCCAAGCUAACUACAGCGAUUUUGAUAACAGGAGCAUUCCACGGGCUGUCCAGUACAAACGCAUUUUAUUUCCUGCAUUUAAUGCUCUUGACCUGGCCUUUCUUCAGGAUUUCCCCGAUCUGAUCAGAGAAAGUCCGCCGUCUGCCCCUUCCAACUCCCGUUUCUACCUCUCCCUUAUACACUCUCUUUGUUAGCCUUCUUUCACUCAUUCUUUCCACGUGUCCAAACCAUCUCAACAUACCUUUCUCAAUUUUUGUCACUACAUCUUCGUUCAGUCCACACUUUUCUCUUAUCAAAUAACACUUACACAGUAUGUGCUAUCAAAAUCGCUGUAGAGUUAGCUUGGUGCGACUCGAAUCUAGCUGUCCGUAUGAAAAGGUACCUUAUCCAGUUGUUAUAGGUAUAAGAUGGCUCCAUUGCUCCACUUAUAGGCAUAUACUACCAUACCAUAUGUUUUUUGUCACUCAUGAGUUGAAUACGGCUAAUAUUUGUGCCAUUUUCAUCCAAAAGGGUAUAUUGUCGGUUGUCAAUAAGGCGCUAUUUCUAUAAAGUUUCAAUUUGAAAUCAACCUUAUUGACAACCGACAAUGUGGUAUCUUUUAGUUGAAAACGUCACAUUUGUGCUCAAAAUCUGUAACUCAACACAAUUUUCGAUAGUCUUGAUAUUUUAAAUGAUGCGUAAACAGACAACAUAAUUAGAAACCCCGUUACCGACCGUUAUUAAUAUGUUUAAUAUGUCUGUGUCUCACGGAAGUUUUGUUAUUAAAACAUAAUUAGAAUAUAUAAAUAUUUAAAUAUUGUUUUUUUUUUUUAAUAAUUAUAUUUAUCAGUAUGUAAUGAAUUUCGCGCCUCCCUUAAGGGCGCGUUCCAAUGUUUGAAUAUAGAAUAAUGUUGGAUCAACUUUUUUGUGUUACUUUGUCUCAUUGUACAAGGGACAAUAUUGGUACAGUUCUUUAGAACACACUUAGUAGAUGGUCCAAUAUACAGGAUGGCAAAAAAUAAGUGCAUUCCCGUUGCUAGGGAGGUUUUAAGAUUAUACUGAGAAACUUUUACUAUGGGACCAACCACUCAAUCGCAAAAAAAAAUUACCCUCCCACAGAAAAUGGACCAGCCAAAAUGUAUAAAACAGCCAAAUUUUUUUUUCGCGAUUUCGGGGUUGUUCCCAUAGUAAAAGUUGCUCAGUAUAAUCCGAAAACCUCCGUGGCAACGGGAAGAGAGAAAGAGAUAUGCUGACCAGUUCAAGGUCGCGGUUCGGUACGGCCGUGUGUUACAGCUUUAGACUUGUCCAGGGAAACAAUGAGUGACACGAAAAAGUUGAUUCACGACCCUAGAACAGAUUAAUGAAUUUCUGAAUUAUAAUUAUGAUAUACAAUAAAGUUGACAUUCCAUACAUGCCUGUACUUAGACUUCGAAUGUUGUAAAUAAGUCGCACAGUGCUGCCAGAUUAUGGAUUUGAAUAAAAUGUUUUUACUAUG